AUGGCGAACGAAAGUACGAGCCCCGAUGCUCAAAUCGACAAUGCUAGCCAGACAGUAAAGGCUUUGCGAGCUACCCUGACCUCCGAAACCACCCCACUAGCCCGCCGGUUCCGCGCUCUCUUCUCGCUCAAACAUCUCGCGUGCCUGCAACCAGCAACCGAGGAUACUAUCCCGGCUAUUGAGGCUAUAGCGGCAGCUUUUCCUUCACCUUCUGCUCUGCUAAAACAUGAACUCGCCUACUGCCUUGGUCAGACCAAAAAUCUACAUGCCGUACCCUCUCUGCGUCACGUAUUAGAAGAUAAAGAUGAGGAUAGCAUGUGUAGGCAUGAGGCGGCAGAGGCCAUAGGGGCGUUGGCAGACACAUCAAGUCUAGACCUGCUACGGAAACUAAGGGAUGAUGCGAGCGAGCCAGACGUAGUUCGAGAAACUUGUGAGAUUGCAGUGGAUAGAAUUUUAUGGGAAACCUCUGAACAACGACAGGCCGAGAAAGUCAAGAAGAGUGAUUUCACAUCCAUCGACCCUGCUCCCCCAACCGCGCUCUCCUCGAAGGAACACUCAAUACCAGAGCUCAAGAAAACCCUUCUCGACACGAGCAUCCCCCUCUUCCAACGGUAUCGCGCAAUGUUCGCAUUACGUGACCUUUCCUCCCCGCCAGAUCUACCAACAGCUCGCGAGGCAGUUGAAGCGUUGGCCGAAGGACUCCAGGAUAGAUCAGCGUUAUUCCGACAUGAAAUUGCCUUCGUUUUUGGACAGCUCUCCCACCCCGCUAGCAUUCCUAGCUUAGUGGCCGCCCUUAGCAACAAGGAAGAAGCGAGCAUGGUCCGUCAUGAAGCCGCAGAGGCACUCGGAAGUCUUGGUGAUGAGGAGGGGGUAGAGGAUGUAUUGAAGAAGUUCCUUGACGAUCCCGAGGUCGUGGUGAAGGAUAGCGUCAUUGUCGCACUUGAUAUGGCAGAAUACGAGAGGAAUGGCGAGUUCGAAUAUAGUUUAAUCCCAGAGCCGGCGGCGGCCAGUUAA